CCGGGAGCGCGAGUCCCGCCGCGCCGAACUACAGCUCCCAUGGUGCAGCGCGGCCGCGCCCCCUGGCGGCCGUGGCGGCCCCGACGGGUGGGUCGGGACGGGCGCGGGGACCGGGACACGGCGGAGGGACCGGGGAACGCGGGACCCCGGCAGACCCGCGCCUCUCCAGCCCGAGCUCGGCGCGUCUCGGGUCGGCCCACAGACGGACAUCACCGUCCCGUCUAAGCCACAGCAGCCCCGCGCCUCUCCCCGCGCUCUGUGCCCGCAGCGCUCGUCCCUUGCCCGCCCAUCGCGGCUGACGGCGGAUACCGGAGUGUGCCGUCCCCAACCGGGCGCCCCGCGGUCGCAGGCGAGUGACCGGGACCGGUGACCCGGGGCAGCCGUCGGGGCGCGGAUUUAUGAAUGGGAGGCACCGCCCCAGCCCCCGCCCCGCCCAUUCGCCGCCCCGCCCCGGGCCGCCAUGAGGCGUGGGGGCCCCGCCGCCAUCGCCGCCUGCCUCGCCGGGGCACUGGCCGUGCUGGCGGGGCCGGGACCGGGACCGGGCAGUGCCACCGGGACCGGCCGGCGGCCCCCCCGCAGCUACGGGCACCUGGAGGGCGACGUGCGCUGGCGGCGGCUCUUCUCCGCCACCCGCUUCUUCCUGCGCAUCGACGGCAGCGGCGGCGUGGAGGGAACGCGCUGGAGGGAGCGGCCGGGCAGCAUCGUUGAGAUCCGGUCGGUGCGUGUCGGCGUCGUGGCCAUCCGGGCGGUGCACACCGGCUUCUACCUGGCCAUGAACAAGCGGGGGAGGCUCUACGGGUCGAAGGAGUUCAGCCCCAACUGCAAGUUCACGGAGCGCAUCGAGGAGAACGGCUACAACACGUACGCGUCGCUGCGCUGGCGGCACCGCGGCCGCCCCAUGUUCCUCUCGCUCAACAGCAAGGGCAGGCCACAGCGAGGGGGCAGGACGCGCCGGCAGCACCUCUCCACACACUUCCUCCCCAUGCUCGUCAGCUGAACGCCGUGGGCAGCUCCAGACGGUC